CACGAAGAAGAGGCGGAAACGUCACCGUAUUUUUGUGACGAUGUAAACAAGAGCAGACUUUGGAGGGCAGCAGGGAUCAGACAGGCCGUUAUCACCGGUUAUCCGCUGCUGGACGGGCGACAUGGGGCUCCCCGUUACCAUCAAAGUGAACUUUCGGGGGAACGUGAAGAGGUUUCUGGCUCAGGAUUUGGAUAAACUCGAGUGGGAGUCCGUGGAAGCCUGGAUCAAAGCCUCAUUUGGGAUCAACCACUUUCAAGUGAAAUACUUUGAUGAGGACAAUGAAGAGAUUUGCAUAAACAGUCAAGAUGAAUAUGAAGAAGCCAUCAAGAGUGCAGAGAAGCAGGGGAACCAGCUGCAUAUGAACGUCUACAAGAUGAAAGGCCAGGCCUGCGGAGGUCCUCUGAAGACCGAGGUGAAGGAGCUGAAGGGGGAUCUCCGGCCGGCUCCUCCUUACCCCUCCAGGGUCAAAACGGUGGACAAAGGCACCCAGGUCACCCCGGAGCGAGAAGCAGUCACAGUAAAAGACAACAAGGGGAGCAAACCUGAAGAUGAGCCUCCUCCCAUGUGGUUUAGAUCCUACAUGGAGAAGUUUAAAGACGAGGUGGUGAAGGAGGUGGUCGAACGGAUGUGCAGCGACUUUUCCGGUCAGUGUUGCACCCACAAGUCUCCUGAUGGGCCCGAGGCCGACGGGGCGAUGGGCGGCCCAAUAGGACCCAGACCUGGACCCUCCACCUCCAACGGAUCCCUGGGCUACACCCCAAACUGCAGCAGCUGCAACAAGCUCACCUCUGAAGGCGCCUACAAGUGCAGUGUGUGUCCUUCCUGCAUCCUGUGUGAGAUGUGCAGACACAGCCAUGACCCGAGCCACAACCUCGUCAGAACCAAGACUCCCCUCUCCAUCCCCGAGCACGGGAUGUCAGGAGAGUUAAGGUUCCCAAGGCGAGGAGACAGGACAGUGCGCAAGGCCGAGCGACAGCGUCUCAAAGCUGAAAGAAGGCAGCUAAGAGCCGAAGUGAAGGAAAUCAAGAAGAAACUGAGACUGGAGAAGAGGGGGCUGCAGUGGAGCGGGCCCUCUACCUCAGGCAGAGCCACCCUGACAAACAUGGCCUCGGCAUCCACCCAGGUCCCAGCCCUGCCCCCUCCUGCUGCCUCAGAAACAGCCUCAGGUCCAGCCCCAGCCCCCGGCUCCGUCCCCGCCCCGGUCCCCGAUCCCCAGGCCUCCAGUCCAGAGGGUCCCGGGGUCUCGCACACGUCCUUGGUGCCCACUAUGGCUGCCUUGUUUCUGGAUGAAAAUCUGCCUGACGGCACCCGUCUGGAGCCUGGUACCAAGUUCAUCAAAUACUGGAAGAUGAGGAACUCGGGCACUAUCAGCUGGACCUCAGAGACUAAGCUAGUGUUCAUGUGGGGGAACCUCGGCCUGGCCUCGGAGGAGAAGAGGGAGGUGCCGGUGCCCCUGCUGCUGCCCGGACAGGUGGGAGUGCUCAGUGUGACGUUCAUGGCGCCGGUGAUGGAGGGAACCUACACCUCCCACUGGCGGCUGGCGCACUGCGGCUGCCAGUUCGGCCCCCGCGUCUGGUGCAGCAUCGUGGUCGACCCCGGCGAUGGACGUGGCGCCACCGGGCAUCCGAGCAAACGACUGAAGGAGGAGGUGAAACCAGCGGAGAAAGAAAAGGAGGGAAGGAAGGACGUCAUCCCCGGUUUGUCCGUCGACCUCCACCAUGACGACUUCUACUACCCCUCCGUCGACCUGCUGACUGCACAGGAUCUCCUGUCGUUUGAGUUGCUGGAUAUAAACAUUGUUCAAGACCUGGAGAAGGUUCCCAACAACACUCCUGUGGAUCUGACUCCUUGCAUCUCCCCUCUGCCCCACGAUGUUCCAGCGCUGGACAAAUCCGUCACUUCACAGAUUAAAGAAGACGCAGAGGUCACAGGAGUCCGCAAACUUUUUGGAGUGAAGCUGAGGCCUCAGAGGGAGGUUGUGGAGCAGCAGGAGGAGGAGAAGGACGAGGAGAUCAGUGGAGCUCAGUUCCUCUGUGAGACGGUGAUCCGGUCGCUGACGCUGGAGGAAGCCCCCGACCACCGACCCCUGAGGAGGACCCAGCACAGCAGCCUCAAACCACAGCUGGUUUCCCGCGGUCCGACUUUCUGCUUUGACAGACCGGUGGAGGCUGAGAAGACCGAGAAGGUCCAGGAAGUAAACGAGGAGAUCUGCGCCGUCAGACUGGAGAGUUCUGCUGUUCCUGCAAACUCUGGACUCAACCAGAUCCCCAGAGAGGUGGAGACCAGGCCGGUUCUUCUUCUGCAGCCAGAGACUGAAAACCUUCACGCCGCUUCACAUCCCGACAACGAGGACAAAGAAGUCCUGAACGCGAUGCAAAGCGUGAAGGAAAAUCCAGACGAGAAAGAGGAGGGAGGAACCAGAGGAGAAGACUGGGACGAGGUGAGCAGCCAGACCUCCUCCGUCUCCUCCUGUGACGACUACAUCAUCGUCCUCCCAGACUGCUUCGACACCAGCCGUCCUCUGGGGGAGUCCAUGUACAGCUCUGCCAUGUCGCAGCCCGACGCCGUCGCCUCGGCCGAUCCGGACCCAGAGCAGGACCAGGAGGAGGACCAGGACCAGGACCAGGACCAGAACCAGGACCAGGAGGAAGAGUCGGGCCGGGCUUCGCCGCUGACGGAGAGGAGGGAGGAGUCGGAGGCUGCCGAGGACUCUCUGAGCAACACCUGGCCUCCUCCUGCCGCCUCCAUCCACAGCAGCGUCAACCAGAUGCUCUGCGCCUCCCAGACUCUGGACGCCGUCACUCUGACCCCCGAAGUGGUUCCACAGCCGGUCCUUCCUCACCCCCUGCUGCCCCCACCGGCUCUCUACUCCCCCAGGUCUGAGGCACUGUACCUGGCUGAGGAUCCCAGUCCUCCAGCCUGUGAACCCUAUGAGCCACACCAACCACGGGUCCAUCUGAACGUAUCGUCUGGUCUGUCCAGAUCAGCCGGCUCAGCAUCCAGUGCCUUCGAGACGUAUAAUCCCAGACCCAGCAACGCGCUGCAGCCAAGGGGCCAAGGAGGCAUCACAGAAGGACUCGUCAAAGGGGCCCUUUCUGUGGCAGCAUCUGCUUAUAAGGCUCUAUUCACUGGACCAAACUGUUCAAUACAGCGAGGCAUCGACCCAGCCACCAGACAGGACCCUUCCAUGAUGGCCAUGCUGCUGGAGAUGGGCUUCAGAGACCAGCGGCUCAACCAGCAGCUGCUGAGGAAACACGGCUACAGCCUGCUGCACACCGUCAACGAGCUGGUCCAGAUGGCCGAGGACAGCCAGAACGAAGCCGUGGACGCUCUGCACUGAGGGACGACCAGAUCCGUCACCCUUUACAGCGUUUUAACUUAUUAAAAAUAGACACAAAGGUUGAUUUUACAGAAGGGUGGAUAGCUCAUUUGGACCAAUAGUCUCGCUAGAAAUACGGAAUAGAAAAAAACAAACAAAUGAAAUAGCAGCAUUUAUUUCUGGAUCGUUAGAGAUAAAUGAACACGAAUGGCUUCUCCCGCCUUUUGCCUUUAAUUUUAGCUUCACCAUUUGAUGAAAAUAAAGCAUAUAUUGUAAAUUACUCUGGAUAGCGGUUAACCUUUGCCGUGGAGCUUUCUGAGGCUGUAGUUUGGAUCAAAGUGUGUGUUUCAGCUCUUCAUCUUCGUGUUCGUAUGGCUGUCGUAGCUGCUUCCUCAGCGCUGAUAAAUAAAUGUCUUUCUGACGGGGCUCGGCUCGGUUCGAAUCGACGAAAAGGAAGGUUGUUGAAUGUCAUAAAUAGAUUUUAAAAAGACAGAAAAGCCAGCUGUGGAUGCUAGUGAAGCUAACGUGGAUAUCCUGGGUCAGAGUGCAGUAAUAAGAUCAAGAAAAAACAUAUUUAAGACUUUUUUCUCGAUUAUUAUCGUAGUAAAAUCUGCCUAACAAUGCAAUCUUUUUCUGUAUCAGAGUACUGUUAUUUUAGACGUUGACAUGUGGAAUGUACACAAAAAUACUGUCCGAACGGGCAUGUUCAGACCAGACAUGUUUUCUACCGCUUUUUAGGAGACACCUGCAUGACAGGUAGAGGCUUUAGAGAUGAGUCGUGUUCUCGUGGUCUUAGCAACAGUGGAGGAAAAACGUCCGCUUUGCGUCAUCUUUUGUCACUUCCCGCCUGCGUUUUCACAUCGGAAGCCGAGCAACCGUCACCUAGCACUAAUAAAAACACAUUCCUGUCUCAUAGUGGAACCAAGUAGAGUUGAUUUGCUCGUCAUUGCCUUUUAUGACAGAAAAAAAAUAGGAAAAGAAAAAAGCUGAUUUGUUAGUUUACUGAAACAUACCUGUGAGUUGACAUUGUGGUGUGUGUGUGUGUGUGUGUGUGUGUCAGGGUUUAAGUUUAUGUCGUUCUGAAUGAUUCAACCAUCGUUUUCUUUAAGGUGUUCUAAAGAAACAUGCUCUAGAGAAUAAUUCUGAAUAUAUCUUCAGUGCUUGUCAAAUUAUUCUUCUUCUGCAACAGAGUGUAUCCAUUAAAUACCUUCUGUCGAUCCGCCAAUAAACUAUUUGCACAUC